AUGAUCGUUAACGGUACAUCUGACACUGUUUUAUGCCAUUGUUUUCCGAAUUAUUUAGACGGUCCUGCACUUGAUUGGUUUUGUACUUUGCCUGUAGGUUCUAUCUCACGAUUUCAACAGCUGGCCAAACUAUUUGAAGACCAUUUCGCUGGAUCUACAAUUUAUCUGCAUGACUCAGAUUAUCUGAAUACAAUCAAGCAGGGACAGAAUGAGAGCCUGAAGGACUAUAUGACUCACUUCACGAAAGUCGCCAUAAGCAUACCAGACCUCCACCCCGAGGUCCAUCUGCAUGCCCUCAAAAGUGGACUCCGACCUGGGAAGUCCAAGAAACCAUCGCGGUUGCCAAACCGAAAACCCUUGCCGGGUCAAAUUGAUAUCGAGGAGCUCACACAAGCUUGGAAGUCCGACAAAACGUACUACAGAGACGAAGACAAGGCGCACAAUAGUAGGAAAAAUUUUAAACUAACCCCUCAAUUUGAUUCUUACACAGUUCAACGCCAAGCGAGAAGACAUAAUCAAAGAGAUCCUAAAUUGAAAAUUGAUUAA